GGAGCUUUAAUCCCACCUCAAGACAACUUUCGCCUCAAGAUCUCAGUAAUGGCACGAAUUCAAUCCACACGCCAGGCCCCCGUCCGCACAGGUCUUCCCCGGGGUCUCAACUCUGGUCACAAGACUACUGCUCGUGUGCUCCCCGCUAAGCCAUCCUACAGCAAGGGUCACGCCUCCAAGCGUACCACUUUUGUCCGCUCAAUCGUCCGCGAGGUCGCUGGUUUUGCCCCUUAUGAACGACGUGUGAUGGAACUUAUCCGAAACUCGAAGGACAAGAAGGCAAGGAAACUCACCAAGCGCAGGCUCGGUACCCUUCGACGUGCAAAGCGCAAAGUCGAUGAACUCACUGGUGUUAUUGCCGAAAGCCGAAGGGCUGGUCACUAGUUGGAAUCACUCCCAUUUUGUACAUUCAUGCCCUUCAAUCCAAUUUGUUUCUGCCUUGAAUUAUGCAAUAUGCGAUGUGCACCUGAUUUGC